AUGACAACCCAAGUGCCGCCCUCCUACAGCCAUCUGGAGCAUUCCGAGUACUCGGAGUAUCAAAUAUUGUACACAAACGAAACUGCAAAGAAACACAAGGUCUGGCACGACGGAACAAUGCGUCUGUUCAAGCUCAACAAGAAGCUGAUAGUCUACGACGAGGAUCGCAUGGAAAUCUACUCUGACUUCCUUAGCUCAUAUCCGCGAUACCGGGUCGACGACCUGGUCAAGCUCGAGUCGAUCUGGAUCAUGAUAGAUGAGGUAUUGGGGACUUACGAGAGGAACGUUGUGAAGCAGAUGCAGAACCUGAAUGCCAACGACCUCAACAUCCGCGCGCACCAGAAAUCGGCUCCGCAGCCGCACUCGCAGCCUUCGAGCGCCCCGGCCCGCAAAAACAAACGUGUGCUCGGCCUUGUAAGAACAAGACCCAGCUCCUCGCUGCCGACCCAACUCCAGAAACGGAAACGGGUCUCACAUGAGACUGUUGGCAUCAAGCGACCUAAAAUGGACAAUUAUAUCCAGCGCGCCAUCGACAAGUUCACGCAGGCAGACUCUCCAAUACCCGAAUCGCAGCGCUCAGACACUCUUUCGCUCGCGAGCGAUGCUACUUUGGCGCUGGUUUCGCCGCUAGCGUCGGCAAUUUCCGUGAGCUCGAACUCGAUGUCGACGCUACAAAUUCGCUCUUCCAACACCUCGAUGUCGUCGCAUUCCGGCAGUGUGCGGGCCACGCGUCAGCGAUCUCUACGCGUGGACCGCAACUCGAGCUCGCAGAACGUGGUAAUCGAAAAACCCAUGAUGCUGGCCCGCUUUAAUUUUACAGACACCAGCUCGUCAGGAAGUGCGCGAGAUCCCAGUCCGCUCUUUGACUUCAACAGAAGCACACGCGAAACGCUUCGCAGCUACAGAACACCGACACCUAGCGACGCGCCGUACUCGAUAUUUGAAUCCUUGGACAGGAAACGCUAG